AUGUUCUUCCAGACUUUCCUUCCAUUGAUCCUUGCCCCCUUGGUUGUGGCGAUACCGACGGGCCUUGACCGUCGUCAGUAUAUUUCUGCCAAUGACUUGACGGAUGGAAACUGCAAGGAUACGAUGUUCAUCUUUGCUCGAGGAUCCACUGAAUCUGGCAAUAUGGGCACCGUCGUUGGUCCGGAAGUCUGCGAUGACCUUAGCGUCCAGCUGGGAGGCGCAGUGGGCUGCCAAGGUAUUGGAGGUGCCUAUACGGCUGGUCUGUCAGAGAACUUUCUCCCCAAAAAUACUUCACCAGCCGCUAUCCAAGCUGCAGUGGAUGUGUUUAACGAAUGCAACACCAAAUGCCCCGAUGCAAAGAUUGUCGCAGGUGGCUACAGUCAGGGAUCCGCUGUUAUUGAUAACGCGAUCCAGCAGCUAUCCUCUGAAGUGGUCGCUAAGGUCAAGGGUGUGGUUUUGUUUGGAUUCACACGUAACUUGCAGGAUGGGGGCAGGAUUCCUGGAUACCCGGAGGAUCAGACGAAGGUAUACUGUGCUCUUGGUGACGAGGUCUGUGAUGGGACUCUUAUCAUCACUGCGGCCCACUUGACAUAUGGUGACGAUGCUAGCUCUGCCGCAACCUUCCUUGCCUCGAAGGUGAAGUGA